CUGGCUCAUUAGGGUUGCAAGCUAAAACUCCUGUAUUGGAUAUAUAAACACAACUUCGCUCGUUCCCCUACUUCUUCUACUCAAAAACCCUAGCGGCCACAGAUCCAUCGAGCUUAUUCCUCCGGUGAGGGUUUUCUCAUUCCAAUUUCCAACCAACAACAAUGGCAGAUGUGGAGACAGAGGUGGCUGCAGGACAGCCAAAGAAGAGAACGUUCAAGAAGUUUAGCUUCAGAGGUGUGGAUUUGGAUGCUCUCCUUGACAUGUCAACUGAUGAGCUUGUCAAGCUCUUCCAUGCCCGCGCUCGGAGAAGAUUCCAGAGGGGUCUGAAGAGGAAGCCCAUGGCUCUGAUCAAGAAGCUGCGCAAGGCGAAAAGGGAGGCUCCACCUGGUGAGAAGCCAGAAUCAGUUCGAACCCACCUUCGCAAUAUGAUUAUUGUACCUGAAAUGAUUGGAAGCGUUAUUGGUGUGUACAAUGGGAAGACCUUCAACCAGGUUGAAAUCAAACCUGAAAUGAUUGGUCAUUAUUUAGCCGAGUUCUCAAUAUCAUACAAGCCUGUUAAGCAUGGUAGACCUGGUAUUGGUGCCACGCAUUCAUCUAGGUUCAUUCCUCUGAAGUGAACUGUUUGGUUGCAGCUUGCACGCGCUAGUUGUUUCCUAUCAUAUGAAGACGUCUUUGUUGAUGAAAUUUUUGUCUAUUUUAAGUUUGGCUAUUUUAGGUCCUUAAACUCUUAUUACAGAGAGUAGGCCCCUAUUUCUGGAUUGAAGAGCUGAUGUUAUGGAUUUUUUUGUGGUAGUCUAAAUGUGUUCUUUAUUUCUCGA